CUCCUCAGGAAUGGUGACCAGCUCCGAGCCAUGGUGGGAACAGGGGUAUUUUAAACAUAUGUAGUAGAAGAGAAGCUCAACAUUUGGGGAUCAAAAAAAUGGCUUGUGGGUAGGAGAAACGUGUGGUGGGUGCUUAACAAAUGAAGGGUUUACUUCUUCUGUCCACUAACAAAUCAAAAAACAAAGCCAGUUGUUUGUUUUGGAUUAUGUUAUUAAAACUAACAAUAACGAUGCUAACUACCCAAUGGGCAAAUUCAAUUAACAGCUCUAUUCUUCACCUGCCCUUUCUUUAAUAGUCCAUCUGUAUACACAGCGGGCACAUUAAUUAUGAUUUUUGUGCCCUAUUUAAGACCUUAUUAGGCCAACAGGAUUUGAUUAAGCUGCAGUUGCACCAUCACAAUAGAAGAAUUCAUCAGUUUGCUGCAAGUUUCAGACAAGAUUCUGAACACGGUAGCAAAGAUGCCUGCUUUUACUCACAGGGAUUUGGAUGCAGCCAAUGGCAGAGGAAAGGUUGUGUGCGUUAUGGAUGCAUCUACCUACGUAGGACUCUGGAUUGUUCAGGGUCUUCUAAACAGGGGAUACGCUGUGCAUGCAACUAUUCAGAAUGGAGCUGAAGUUGAAUCUUUAAAGAAAUUGAGUGGAGAGCGUUUGAAGAUCCUGUAUGCCGAUAUGUUGGAUUAUCACAGCAUAGUGGAAGCACUUCGUGGAUGUUCUGGCCUUUUCUACACAUUUGAUUCUCCUCAAUAUGAUGAGGUCAUGGCUGAAAUUGAAGUGAGGGCAGCCCACAAUAUACUGGAAGCAUGUGCCCAUACUGAAACUAUUGAAAAAGUGAUAUUCACAUCUUCAGUUGCUGCAGUAGUUUGGAGAGAAGAUAGAAAUUCAAUUUCUGACCUCCAUGAAAGGCAUUGGAGCGAUGUGAAUCUUUGCAGAAAAUUGAAGCUGUGGUAUGCACUGGGAAAGACAAUAUCAGAGAGGACGGCAUGGGCUCUGGCCAUGGACAGAGGCGUAAAUAUGGUGACAAUUAAUACAGGCCUGGUUGUAGGGCCUGGCUCUGCAUACAAAACCUCAGGAUCCACCAUAGCAUAUCUUAAAGGUGCUGCACAAAUGUAUGAGAAUGGAGUGUUAGCCAGUGCAGAUGUAAGGUUUGUUGCAGAGGCCCACAUCUGUGCAUUUGAGGAACCUUCUGCAUAUGGGAGGUAUAUCUGCUUCAACCAAAUGAUCAACAAUGCUCAGAAUGCUGACAAGCUUGCAGAGAGCUUGAGAUCACUGGUACCAUUUCCUGACAGAUGUGAAGAUUCAAGCGUGUACCAACAGCGGCUGAGCAACAAGAAGCUGACUGGACUCAUGCUUGGAAACAACAAAUUGCAGUAAAGUUUGGAAUGGGAAAACACCGAAGGCCUAAAAUAAAUGAUAAAUGUUCAUUUAAUGUACAUUACAAUUGUUGAAAGUGGCAGAAAUAUGUUUCUCGGCAUCGGAAGUAUCUUCAUCCAUUGAUUUGUAAGGCCAUUCCAUAGCUUUCGGUAGAACAAGGGUUUCUUUUGGGUAGUAUAUAGUUGGGUAAGCUACCUCUUGAAAAUAUCACGCUAAAGAUCAUGUGGCUUUAAGAGUUCAUCAAUGAAGGUGGGAGCAGAGGUACAGUGGGUCAAAUUUUGAGACUUUGUUUGACCUUGGAAAAGGGGUUAUCACGGUGGAGGUGUCAGAUUCAGAGUAGUGGGUAUCUUUAAAGGAGAUAGAUUUACCCUAAACUAAAUGAUCAGUCACCACAUUUUUAGCCUUUGAAGGAGAUGUACCCUAAACAAUCUUCUUCCAAACAGUCAGAAGGUCUUCUAUUUUGAAGCCAUUUUGAAUGAAGUCUGCUUACUUUCUUC